AUGAUAAUGCCAGAAGUCACCCAUAAUCCAAACGGUAUAGAAGAAGAUGGAGACAAAGCAUACAAUCAAUAUGUAAAUAGUACCGAAAUUCCAGAUGAUCAAAUUAUAGAUUCUAUAUUUUCAGAACGAAAAACGUCUCAUGCUGAAGAUGCCAUUGAUUAUGAAGAUAUAGACGAAUUGGCAGACGAAGAAGACGCAAUUGAGGACCUACCCAUGGAUGAAUCAAUAAAUGGAUCAAACUCAAAUGAUAACAACAAAGAUAAUGAUGAAUUCAAUAGAAUGCUUCAAGAGGGGCAGCCUGAGUUAACAAAUGAAGAAGAAAUGGCGGCUCAAGCUGCUGCAGAGUCUCAAUUUGACGCUUUGUUUGGAAAUUCUAAUGAUUUUGAUAGCAAUAUUGGCCACCAUGAUGACAUGGGUGGGGAUAGUAAUGAAAAUCACCACAGCAGUGUAAACGACCAUGAUGGUUUAUUCAAUAACUUAGGAAAUGGGAAUCAUUUGUUAGAGGAUGAUGACGGAUUGAAUGAUUUAGGUGACUUAUUUUAUGAUCACGAGGAAGACAGCAGUGUUGCCAAUACCAAGAAGCAUAAGCUAGAUGACGAUGGCAACAACAAUGGCAAAUCUGCUCAAGAGAAUCAACAACAGAAAGAAAAUAAAAGACAAUUAAAGCGGCAAAAACUACAAAAAAUUGUUAAACAGCUUGAAAAAGAACAAAUGAAACGAAAUAUCAAAUACUAUUUCCCUACUUACUCAAGACAUAAACCAUUUAAUUUCCAUAAAUUUUUUUCACCAAAUCCUCAGUACUACCGUUAUCAAAGGCCAGCGAUUGCCUUUUCGAAAAAUAUAAAACCAUUAAUACCUACAAAAGUAAAUCUUGAAAUUGAGGUUGAUCAAAAGAAAAUUUUCAAACUAAGAAGUGCUGAUUCUGCCACAUUGUCACAUGAGGCCAAAAAUGUUACCAACAUAACUCAAGCAGAUUUGGAUUUUAUUAAAAAUUUGGAAAUCAAAAGAUCUUCUAUUGAUUCGUUUAUUAAAGAAAUUGAUUACGUUAAACGUGAUUGGACAAGUUCCGACAAGUUUGAUCAUUAUUCCAAAGAUUUAGUUCUUGCAACCACUGAUUGGGAUGAUGAUGCCAUUAUAAAUGCUGGGGAGGAUGAGUAUUCUAUUGUGAAGCCAAUCAAUGAGCUAUUGCUCGAUAAUCCCCUGGACGACUGUAAACUCACUGGAGCAAAAAUCGAUAAUGACAAUAGUAACAAUAACUAUAACCAAAACAAUGGUAAUGUCCUAGAAGAGGGAGAGGAUGAUGAUAUUUUUAAUGGACAAAUAAACUUGAAUGAGUUGAAACUUGAUAUGAAUGAUCCUAAUUUGUUAUUUGUCCCUAGUAGAAAAGUCGAUGCUACCAAAUCGGUGGUGCCUAGUACAGAUAAGUUGUUAGAACUAAAGUUCAACAUAUCUAACGACCAAGAAUAUGAACUAUUGAGAAAGAAUUACAACACCAAGCAAAGAUCACAAUUGAGUAACCUUAAUAUUGAACAUUCAGUUCCAGCAUUGCGAUUACAGGCACCUUAUUAUAAAGUUAAGCUUAGCACUGAUGAAACGAGAUCUUUCCAUAGGCCAGUGUUUAAUGUCAGACCUGGCACAUUGGUGAGCUUUUGUAAAUUAAAAUUGCGGAAGCGGAAGAAAGACAAGGGGAAAUCUUUACAACAGAUUUUUUCUAAAACUGGUGAUUUGACAGUUGCAGAUACUGGUAAUAUAAUUGCCUUAGAGUAUUCAGAACAAUAUCCACCAAUUCUAUCGAAUUUUGGGAUGGGGUCGAAAUUGAUUAACUACUAUCGUAAAGAAAGACCAAACGACACUUCGCGCCCGAAGGCGCAAAUUGGGGAAACUCAUAUUUUGGGGGUUGAGGAUAGAUCACCAUUUUGGAAUUUCGGUGAAGUUGCUCCUGGGGAUUUUGUACCCACAUUAUAUAACAACAUGGUAAGAGCGCCAAUUUUUAAGCAUGAUAACAAACCAACUGAUUUUUUAUUGGUUAAAUCUCAGGGGGCUGGUUCACACCAAAAGUUUUACUUGCGAGGGAUUAAUUUCAACUUUGCCGUUGGUAACACGUUCCCGGUAGAAGUUCCAGCGCCUCACUCGAGAAAAGUAACGAAUAUUUCAAAAAAUCGGUUGAAAAUGGUUGUUUUCAGAGUGAUGAAUAGCAUAGGCAUGCCACGUAUUUCUGUGAAAGAUGUUUCCAAGCAUUUUCCCGAGCAUACUGAUAUGCAAAAUAGACAACGAUUGAAGGAGUUUAUGGAGUAUCAAAGACAAGGUGAUGACCAAGGGUAUUGGAAAGUGAGGGGAUUAAACGAUGUAAUUCCAGGGGAAGAGGAAAUCCGAGCUAUGAUCACUCCUGAAGAUUCUUCAUUAAUGGACACUAUGCAGUAUGGACAACAAGUAUUGGAUGAUAAUAUGAUGUUAUUUGGUGAACAAAGCAGACAGGAAUCAUCUAGGAAUAGAAAAGGUGAUAAAAGGGAGGAUUCAAUUGUGGAUGAAACAGAAAAUGGAGAUGACAUGAAUAAGGAUAAGGAGAAAGAAAUAGAAAAAGAAAAGGAGAGGGAAGAGGAGAAAGGAAAAGACAAGGACAAGGAGAAAGAUAAAAGCGAAAAGGAGAAAGCGAAGAAAUCAAAAGAGCAAGACACCGAAAUUGAUGUUGAAGAAGAAUUGGCACCAUGGAAUUUAUCGAGAAAUUUUGUCAUUGCCAAUCAAACCAAGACAAUGUUGCAAUUAAAUGGUGAAGGUGAUCCAACUGGAAUUGGGUUAGGAUUUUCUAUGUUGAGGGCUACACAAAAGAAUCCAUUUAAACCAUUGUUUACCCCACCGCCAGAAAAUGUCCCUAAAAGCAAUGCCGCUGCUCAUAAUCAAAAGUUGUAUGAACAAGAGAUAAAAAGAAUAUGGUAUUCUCAAAGGAGUUCCUUGGUUGAUCAUGGGGAAGGAUCAGAUUUGAAGUUACAACAGAUAUAUAAUGAAUACCCACCAGCAGACCAUGAAUCGUACUUGAAAAGCAAACUUGAACAGAUUCAACAGGGGCAACAAACAGACUCACAGCUGCUGUCAGAUCAGCAACAACAGAAUCAAGUUUUGAGGAUUACUAGAAGAGUACGAGAUGAAAAUGGAAUAGUACAUAGAAAGGUUGAAUUUAUCCAUGAUCCGAGAUUAAUUCGAGCAUAUGUUAAACGUAAGAAACAAAUCGAGGAUGAGUUGUUGAAGAACGCUGAUGUCGAUGAAAUAUUACCUACCAACGAUAAAGAAUUAAACAAAAUCCGUCGUAAAGCAUUGGAAGAAAAGUUGGCUAAUUUGGAGAAACGGGCAAAACAAAGUCGGGCCAAAAAACCACCGAAGGAUCUGAUUCACGCUGCUGCUGCUGCUGGGGCAACAAUAAUAGAUGCUAAUACUGUGAUGUUACCGGAUGGAUCGUAUGUUAUUGGUGGUAAAGGUAUUGGUAAGGGGAAAAGUCGAACUCGUCGAUGUAAAAAUUGUGGAGCCUACGGGCAUAUUCGUACCAAUGCAAAAUGUCCGUUGUAUAAGAAGAUGGUACUUGGAAUUGAUGAUGGUUCGGCAGUACCAGUUGAUUCAACACCAGCAGCUGGUGCUGGUGAUGGUAUUGGGGAAAUAACUACAUCUACUGCAGUUGCUCUUGAUACACAACGUAUUGAGGAACAGAAUCUGGGUGAGGUGUGA